UGCUCCCUCAGCCCCGCUCCCCGCAUGCGCGACCGAGCUCCGGGGGCGGUGCUGUUUCAUCCGGGUACCCGGUGGCGGGUGGCUGUUUUGUUUUCUUGGCUGAAAACUGGGAGAAAGUGAGGCGGCCCCGCGCUGCGCGACACCGGGCUCGGGACCGACUGCACAGGCGGGGCUGGACUGACCUGGAAAAAAAAUGUCUGGAUUUCUAGAAGGCUUGAGAUGCUCAGAAUGCAUUGACUGGGGGGAAAAGCGCAAUACUAUUGCUUCCAUUGCUGCUGGUGUUCUAUUUUUUACAGGCUGGUGGAUUAUCAUAGAUGCAGCUGUCAUUUAUCCCACUGUGGAAGACUUCAACCACUCAUACCAUGCCUGUGGUGUUAUAGCAACGAUAGCCUUCCUGAUGAUUAAUGCAGUAUCAAAUGGACAAGUCCGAGGUGAUAGUUACAGUGAAGGUUGCCUGGGUCAAACAGGUGCUCGCAUUUGGCUGUUCAUUGGUUUCAUGCUGGCCUUUGGAUCUCUGAUUGCAUCUAUGUGGAUUCUCUUUGGAGGUUAUGUUGCUAAAGAAAAAGCCAUCGUAUACCCUGGAAUUGCUGUAUUUUUCCAAAAUGCCUUCAUCUUUUUUGGGUAACCCACUCCUCUGCCGUGUUCCUGCAAAGCCACACAGACAUGGAGAGAAAGAGGGGAUUCCAAGAUCCUCUUUGGCUGACUUCAAUUCUCAGAAACCAUGGAUGAUGAACUUGACCAAGAGGCAGAAAACCAGGUUCAAGUCCAAGGACUGUAACUAGCUGCAUGAUCCUGGGCAAGUCACUUAACCUCUCUGAGCCCCAAGUUCCCUCAUGAGGCAAUUAAUGAUGAAAGUUCAAUUUCCAUCAGGGCAAGGUGGAGUAGAGCUUGGCUGUCAGGCUCAUCUCCCCGGCCCACCCCUGUUGAACAUACUUCCCUGUCCUCUCUCCUUCUAGGCGACCCCAGGAGCUCACUCUAAACUAUGAAGUAGCCUGGGAGGACAUCUAUAUGACCUUGCAGUAGGCAAAGAUUUCUUUUUUUAAAGAUUUUAUUUAUUUAUUUAAGAGAGAGAGAAAGCAAGAGAGAGAGCGAGCAUGAUCGGGGAGCGGGGGAAGGACCGAGAGAAGCAGGCUCCCAGCUGAGCAGGGAGCCUGACAUGGGGCUCAAUGCCAGGACUCUGAGAUCAUGACCUGAGCCGAAGGCAGACGCUUAACCGACUGAGCCACCCAGGCACCCCUAGGCAAAAAUUUCUUAAACAGGACUCACAAACAUGAAGGGAACAAUGAUGAACUGAACUGUGUUAAAAUUAAGAACUUCUGUCCAUCAAAAGAUACCAUUAAGAAGGUGAAAGAUAACCCACAAAAUGGGAGAAGAUAUUUAUGAUACAUUUAUAUAACAAAGGCUCUAUAUCCAAAAUUCCUACAAAUCUAUAAGAAAAAGGCAGAACAAUACAACAGAAAGAUGGGCAAAAGAACUUGGACAGAUAUUUCACAAGAGAAGAUGUUCAAAUGUCCAGAAAGCCAAUGAAAAGUGCUACACUUAAUUGGUCAUCAGGGAAAUUAAAAUUAAAGUGAUGUUUGAUGCCUAAGUGGAUAAAUUUAAAAAGAAGGAAAAUAUGGGGUGCUGGAGAAUAUAUGGGGUAAAUGGAACUCUUGGGUAUCAUGGGUGAUUAGAUUGGCACAGUGGAAAACUGGUACUAUCCUCUCAAAUGGAUCAUAUGAAUGCCAUGAUCCAACAGCUCUGCUUCUAGGCAUUUACUCAACAGAAGAGCAUUUGUAUGUUCUAAAAAAAAAAAAAAAAAGUGCUAGAAUGUUCAUAGCAGCCAUACUAGAAUGUUCGUAAUAGCUCCAAACCGGAAAGAACCCAAAUGCUCAUCAGUAAUGGAGAAAUUGUUUUGUAUUCACACAAUGGAACACUUACUUUAACUGUGUUUCUUAGAUUCUAUAUUUGUCUACAUGGCACUCAUUUAUCACAGGGCCCAACUAAUGGCCGAAAUUGUUUACUGCUCUCUCUCCACCAAGUCAGCUUUCAUGGGAGUGCAAAAUUCAUAUUAUAAACCCCCUGACCACAAACUCUAACAUAUGCUUUCAAUUCCUGCCCAAGAGGGGACUCCCGCCCCUCCCCCCCCUUACCCCACUGCCAUCAAGCUGAAGGCAUAGUCACAGUUCCCCUCUCUCUCUGCUGCCUGGUCCCUGGGUAUAAUAAGGUUUUGUGGGGCCCUACAUGGUGUGUUGAGCCUCUCAUUUCCAGGACAACAGUAACAUUAAACUUUUCCUUCAAUGACAUUGACCUCUCCAUGUCAUCACUCAAGUCACCUUUAGGAAGUUAACCCAAGCACAAUUCUAUACUCUUCCCCAAUGAAAAUGAACAAUCUACAGAUAUACUCAGCAAUGUGGGAGAGUCUCACAACUACAAAGAGUCAAAGCCAGGCACACAAGAGCACGGACUUCCCGUAGGAUUCCACGUACAUGAAGGACAAAAGCAGGCAAAACUGACCGAUGGUGUUAGAAGUCAGGUUCAUGGUUGCCCUGGGAUGGGACACGAAGGAGUUCUGGGUGCUGAUUACAUGGGCGUGUCAGAAAAAUUCAUCAAGUGGCGCCCUGAGGAUAUUUGCACUUCUCUGGAUGUAGAUUAUACUACAAAAACGUUUUGUUUUUAAAAGUAAUAUUAAGGGGCGCCUCAGUGGCUCAGUCAGUUAAGCGUCUGCCCCCGGCUUAGGUCAUGAUCCCAGGGUCCUGGGAUCGA